CCAAUAUGCAUUUGUGACGUGUAUCGAGCCCAGACAAACACGCGGCACCAUUGAGGGACUGAAUUAUUUAACUAGCUAAACACAAAAGUUGCACCGACACCUGAAAUGGGCAACCGGUGCAAUCGCUAUAAAAUAAAUAUUAUUGACAACAAGAAUUUAAAUGUUUUUAUUUUUAUAUUAAAGUAAUAUAAAUUGAAGUUUAUAUGAAUUGUAAUGCGCUCUAAUUUGACACUAGACGAGAAAGUCAUCCUAUGAUGUCUCUAAAGAAACUGAAACUUUUUUCCUUGCUAAGGAAUAAAAAUUGUGACUGCGUUUGCGCAAGAAAAUUAUUUAAAUUACGAAUGUUAAGGAAAAUUUUGUUGAAUUACGAAUUGAGAUAAUUCAGACAAAUUUGUUUUUGUUUAUCUCAUGAAAUAUAUUACUUCAACGUAAAAUAGUGCGGCUAUUUUCUUAUGACUGCUAUUAUAUUGAUCGUUAGAAAUGAACACUUCAAAUAAUGUGACAAUUUGUAUUAUGCGCAGUUAUAUCGCAGUUUUUGUUUGAAAUGUAUUCGAUCAUGGAACGAUAUUACAAAAUAAUUCCAAUAGUUCUUAAGAGCCUUGGGUUAUGGCCCUAUCAGCAAUCAUAUUUCACACAAGUACAUCAAAUUUUGUUCGCUAGUAUCCUUUUGACAUUUAUUCUUGUUCAGUUGCUGGUAUUUAUUAAAGGACAAUGUAAUAUGGAACUUGUUUUCAUGGUUCUGUCUUUCGUCUGUCCUAAUCUUUUUGCUACAAUAAAGUAUUUUAUUUUUAUCAUUAAAGCAAAUAGUUUGAAGCAACUAUUGGAGCAAAUCCAAAAUGAUUGUAAUUUGUUAAAAGAUAAAUUAGAAAUUGAUAUUGUAGAAAAAUAUAAUAGAAACGCGGGACAUUUUAUACUAAGUUUGCUAGGGCUUUCGUAUACUGUUUUAUUCAUUUUUUCAACAUUACAAUAUUUGCCGUUUAUUCUUCACAAAAUGUUACCAUUCAAUAAAUCACGAUCCUUUCAACUUGUUACAUCUACGGAAUACCUUAUCAUUCCCGAUAAAUAUAUUUACGUUAGGAUAUUACAUGAAUUUUUAACCUUCUAUGUUGGCCUGACUACAAUAAGUGCCACUGGUUUGACACUUUUAAUAUAUUGUGUACAUAUAUGUGUACUACUUGAAAUUGCAAGUUACCGAAUAAAAAAUGUUAUUCAGAUGAAUACGUUAGUAAUCCCUAGUCCGAGAAGAGAACAAAUUGUUCAUCAGAGGAUUGUAAAUGCGAUUAUUAUGCAUCAAAGAGCUAUUGAGUAUCAUAAACUUUUUAUGAUUGUUAUUGUGAUACCAUUUGGUAUCGUGUGCAUAGUUAUGAUGGGCAGUAUAAUAUUGGCUCUUUUUCUAUUCACUCAACAAGUUGCAUCAAAUAAUAUGGCUAUGGCGUCUGUAGCCUAUGGAUUACUACAAGUUCUUUCAAUAUAUUUGGUGAUGACUUGUUACUGUGGACAAAAAGUAAUCGAUAAUGGAAUAAAUUUUUUCGAAGAGGCUUAUAAUGGAUUAUGGUAUGCAGCACCAUUAUCUACACAAAAAUUGUUAUUAUUUGUAAUGCAAAAAGCAAGAACGUAUUUUUCGUUAACGUUUCACGGUGUAAUCGCUGCAUCUUUUGAUGGCUUAGUUACGCUCUUGAAACUGGCAGUAUCGUACUUCAUGGUACUUAAUUCAGUGCAAAAGUAGUGAGUCACUCUGUAAAAUUAAUUUCCAAUUAAUUGGUUUCUUUAUCAAUUUAAUAUUUUUAUAUAAAAAAUUAUAUUAUAACAAUGCUAAUUAGAGUGACAUGUAAUAAUUAGGGUGCAGUUUCAAUCAUCAUUUUCAAUAUUUAUUGAACAUAAAAUUGAUCAAAAUAGUAUCACAUUUAUAGUUGCGUAACACAUACAUAAAAAUUUGUUCUAUGUAUGCUACUAAUUGAGUCGCAAGUAGAAGGGGCUUCACUUUUUCUCGCUGUGUCUUUUUUUCUCAAUAUUAUUUUUGUUAUAUAGUCAUAAAAUAUACAUAUAUAUCUAUAUGUAUAUAUAAUUUACACAAAUAAAUAUGAAGUUGUACUUUUUUCUUUUCUAUUCUAAAUUUAAAAUGUAUCAAAAUAAUGAAACUAAAGCUAUGUUUAUUAAACACCUUAUAUUAUCCGUGGUAACAGAAAAGAGUCUUAGUGUUUGUAUCAUAAAAGGAGACAUUUUUUUGUAUCAAAAUUAAUAUUAAAUUAUGAAUCCAAACCAAAGCAGUAUUUUUUCAUAAAAUUAUGAUCCUUUAAUUUGAAGUUGUUAUUAAAUUAAGUGAUUUAUGAUAAUUUCUAAGAUAGUUAUAAUUUUUCAAAAAUUAUUGUUUAUAUGCCGUGAUUUUGCAUAUAUAUUUGCCAAAAUCACAGUUUUACCAAUUGUUUUGGCAUUUCUCUUUGUCGCGUAUACUUGGAGGUUGAAACAAAGUGAAAUUACGAUUGAAAACCAUCUUAUUCUAAUGUAACCGUAAGUAUAAAAACGCGAAUGACACCAUGAGGACGAGUGAGGAACAGAAAAUGACGGAGAAGAGUAUAUAAAAUUUGACAAUUAUGAAUUAUCGAUUAUGAAAUAUGUACGUAUGGAGUAUGUAAUGAAGUAUUCAUAUACAUAUAUACAAGCAACAUUUUAUCUUUGUUAUAUACUUAUAAAUAAAUAAUGUCUUAUUUCAUUUUUUUACUUACACUUUGAAGUGACAUGCCAAUUUGGGAGAUUUUGAGGUCAAUUUGGGAAUCAUCUUGUACGUUUAGGAUGAUGCGAAUUGGUUCUGAUUUAGGCUUUCGAAAGAAUAAACAUUUUAUUUGCCAGCUAUGAAACGUAAAAAUCAAUGUACCGACGUACAACACCCAUUAAUACUCGACAUUGAAUAAGUUGCGUUUGGCAGUUAUACAACAUAGUUGUCACGUUGAACGGAGGGAAGAUUGCUUGCUGAGAUAUGAGACAUAUACAUUUUGAAACAAUUAUGCAGAGACUAUUCUAACACUGUAAUGCGUCAGUUAUAAUGCACAACGAAGAGAUGUAUAUAUCACAAAAUAAGUCAAUUUUUAAUCUACCUUAUGUGCAUUUUAUUUCUAAUAGCGUUGAUAUGCACAUCUAUUGUACAGACGUCCCAAAAAAUUAUCACUAAGAUUCCUGAGAAAAUUGAUUUUUUGAAAUGAGCUUUGAAAGAAAUUUCUUAUAGUUAAUAUAUUAAAAAAUGAUUAUUACAAUAUUACAUUAAAUAUAAAUUCAUUAUUUCCUAUAAUUAUAUUUUAUAUUUAUUGUGAUGAGUGGAUAUUCUAAUGCCAAAUGUUAAACGUAUGCAAUAAUAUUAUUAAAAAGUUCAAAAAAAGAUUAAAAUCUGAAAUAUUAUGGAAUACUCUUUUUAAAUUAACAUUACUCCGUUAUAAAUAUAUAUUAAGAUUUCUAAUUUAUGCAGAAGAAGUAUGUUAGCUACAACGUUCAAUUAAAAAGUCUUCAAAAUUGAAAUUCAACUGCAAUACAAAUUGAAGAAUAAACAGUGUGAAAAUAACAUUUCUUCUAAUAAAUGAAAUUUAAUAUAGAGUACGAGUCAAAUUUCAAGAACAGCAAUGAUAAAGUAAUAAAAUUCUGACUUGUUUAUUUAACCUGAUGAAAAGUUAAACAUACUUUAAUAAAUCGUCACGGAACUGUAUCACAUAAAACAUAUUAUUACAUAUGGACAAUAAAAACAUAAAAAUUAAGAUUUUAAAUCGUUAAAUUAUUUAUUAGUACAAUUGUUAAAUGUUCAGCGGGAUGGAGAGAUUGAUCCAGAUAACGGACGGUGAAUUCUGUUAGAAUACUUUAUUGCACUCGAAUAUUACACGGCUUGUGAUGCCCUUCACUUGUCCUAUAUGUAUAUCUCGAGAGGCUCUAACUGAAUGCACCACAACCCGAGCGUACUGGCAUCUAAGGGAAAUUUAUCGCAGUGAAUUUUUGAAGUUGAAAUUGAUACGAGUACAGAAAUAAAAAUUUUAAACAUUUUUUUAUCAUUAUGUAUUGUCAUAUUGAACAAUUUUUUAUUUAGUAAUGCUAUAUUCACCAAAAAGGGGCAAGUGAAUAAA